UGCAGCUUGGUACUUAAUGAAAGGCUGUGCGCAUAGACUGCUCCAGUUGCCUUUUCUUGUUAGUUUUCCUUCGGUUCCCAAGACACAGCAUUGUACUUGUUUGACAGCGCAUCCUUGACCAGUUUGGAAUCGAACCCAGGGUUGAGAGAUGGAAAAGGAAAAUAAACACGGAUCCUCACAUCAGUACGGCUCUCUGGAAUGCACUAAAUGGAAUACAGACAAUUCCAAAACAGAAGAGGACAUCGUCUCCAUGGCAGACUCCACCAUCACCAUAGAUGACAUCGAGGGAGAGCUGUUCAAGAUUGACAGGAUUCGAGAUGUGCUGGUCAGAAGAGAGUCAGAACUCAGAUACAUGAUGGAUGACAUUCAGCUGUGUAAGGAAAUCACUCGCCUCAAGACGGAGCUCCAGAAACUGGUGUCCAUACCAGACAAUGACAAGUCCAACGAGGACAGGCAGAAAGAGGAGGAUCUUCUCCAGCAGAUCCACAAGCUGGUGGAGACCAGAGAUUUCCUUGUUGACGAUGUGGAGUUUGAGAGGCUAAGGGAAAGGGAGGAGGACAAAGAAAUGGCUGAUUUCCUCCAGUCCAAGUUCCCCAGAAACUCCAAGAAGAAAGGUCAGAUUCCAGCCAGACGGCUAACGUCCAGGGCCCAGCAGACCUCGUCCCCCUUCACCAAGACAGGCCUGUCCCUGCUGAAGGAGUGCUGUGGCUUCACCUGCUCCAUCAUGUAGGCCGGGCCCUCAGGGGCUCUACCAUGGAGCCACAAUAGAACCCUGUUGCAUCACAUUUCCAGCUUUCCAACCCGAGUAACACUUGAAGUACAGACAGACAACCAGCCAGUGGAGUAGGUUGGGUAUGUCGCCAGGAUGAGAUUAGUGGUGUUUUAUCUCCCAGUCUAUGCUGCAUCCCGUCUGGGCUGUGUUUCUCUUUCACUUCUUUGUUUCUCUCUCUCCCUGUCCAACCCUCCCCCC